AUGGCGACGUGAGUGAAUGGUUCAUCUUCUCACGCCAAUGGAUGGAUGUGUAGCAUUUGGGAGCGAGUCUAACGGACUUGCUAGCAACAUCACAUGGCAUGCAGGCCUCACGCGACAGGAGCGCAGCGAAUUGAGGAAACAGAAGGGCGCAACCGUCUGGUUCACGGGACUCUCUGCGUCUGGCAAGUCAACAAUUGCGACUGCUUUGGAACAACAUCUUCUCCAUCUUGGUGUCCAAGCAUACAGACUGGAUGGCGACAAUGUGCGAUUUGGCCUGAAUAAAGAUCUUGGCUUCUCGCCAAAAGAUCGCGAGGAGAACAUCAGACGGAUUGCAGAGGUAUACUUUACGUUGCAAAACAGGAUGUUGGGUUUGGAGCUAAUCGAUCUGCAGGUCGCCAAACUCUUCGCGGACUCCACAACAAUCGCCCUCACCUCCUUCAUCUCGCCUUACAAAGCCGAUCGUCAGCUCGCACGUGAGCUUCAUGCCGAUACGAAGAACACCGACUCGCCACUUCCCUUUAUCGAGGUCUUCGUGGACGUACCAAUUGAGGAGGCCAAGAAACGGGAUCCAAAGGGUCUCUACAAGAAGGCUGAGGCUGGUGAGAUUAAAGAGUUCACGGGCAUCAGUGCUCCAUAUGAGGCACCGGAGAACCCAGAAAUCCACAUCCACUCAGAGAAGACAAGUGUUGAGGAGGCUGUUGUCAUUAUCACCAAGUAUUUGGAGAAGGAGGGAUUGCUCAAAGCCUAG